GCGGGCUGGGCGGUGGCGGCGAGGGUGGCGGCGGCGAGGGCGGUGGUGGCGAGGGAGGCGGCGGCGACGGCGGCGGAGGCGAGGGCGGCGGCGGGCUCGGCGGAGGCGGGCUGGGUGGCGGCGGUGAGGAUGGCGGCGGCGAGGAGGGUGGCGGCGAUGGCGGCGGAGGCGACGGUGGUGGUGGCCACGGAGGCUGCGGCGACGGCGCCGGAGGCGAGGGCGGCGGCGGGCUCGGCGGGGGCGGGGUAGGUGGCUGCGGAGGCGAGGGCGGUGGCGGGCUCGGCGGAGGCGGGCUGGGCGGCGGCGGUGAGGGAGGCGGCGGCGAGGGGGGUGGCGGCGAGGGAGGAGGCGGCGACGGCGGCGGAGGCGAGGGCGGCGGCGAGCUCGGUGGAGGUGGGCUGGGCGGCGGCGGUGAGGGUGGCGGCGGCGAGGGCGGUGGCGGCGAGGGAGGAGGCGGUGAGGGUGGCGGAGGCGAGGGCGGCGGCGGGCUCGGCGGAGGUGGGCUGGGCGGCGGCGGUGAGGGUGGCGGCGGCGAGGGCGGUGGUGGCGAGGGCGGUGGAGGCGACGGUGGUGGUGGCGACGGAGGCUGCGGCGACGGCGGCGGAGGCGAGGGCGGCGGCGGGCUCGGCGGGGGCGGGGUAGGUGGCUGCGGAGGCGAGGGCGGUGGCGGGCUCGGCGGAGGCGGGCUGGGCGGCGGCGGUGAGGGAGGCGGCGGCGAGGGGGGUGGCGGCGAGGGAGGAGGCGGCGACGGCGGCGGAGGCGAGGGCGGCGGCGGGCUCGGCGGAGGUGGGCUGGGCGGCGGCGGUGACGGUGGCGGCGGCCAGGGCGGUGGUGGCGAGGGCGGCGGAGGCGAGGCGCGGCGAACGUGA